AAUAAACAAUCAAUUAAGCCACUACUAACCAGGUGUUAGCAGUAGUACUAGUAGUAAAGCAGUGGUACUUGCUUGAGAUGCAGAGCUUUGCUUCCCUGCCUUGACUGCCUUUCUCUCUCCUCUCUCUUCCUCUGUCUCUCUAUAUUUUGCUGCCCUCAUGUCAGCUGCAGCAGCAGUCUGGGGGAAUCUGAGCCUGCUGCUCACCUGAGAGCCUGUGGCUGGGGAGGCAAGCGCUGCAGAGGCUGCAGAGCGGUGGGAGGGACGAAGACGACGAGCCUGUCGAGCUUGUGCCGAUUUUGCCCCCCGAAUCCGUCGUUACCCCUGCUUUGGAGGGAUCUGAGGCUGCUGCUGCCUGCCAAAGCCCAGAGCGGAAAGGAGGCUUGUCGUGCUAGUGGAGGAGGAGGAGGAGGAGGAGGAGGAGGCGUGAAAUUUCAUCCAUAAAGGAGGCUGUGUCCCGGUUGGUGAGUGGAGAUCGAUCGCGCUCAAUUCCCGCUGAAAUCGCCUCUCCGGGGUGCCGUGGGAGGUGGCCUGGAGAUGAUUACUUUCGUGGACUCGGCGGCCAUGGAGCGGGAGCGGGAGAGUGACAGGUGCCUGGACCCGCAGCUGUGGCACGCCUGCGCCGGCGGCAUGGUCCAGAUGCCGCCGGUGCACUCCAAGGUGUACUACUUCCCGCAGGGCCACGCGGAGCACGCGCAGGGCCCCGUCGUCGACCUCCCCGCCGGCCGUGUCCCGGCCCUCGUCCUCUGCCGCGUCGCCGCCGUCCGCUUCAUGGCCGAUCCGGACACCGACGAGGUCUUCGCCAAGAUCCGCCUCGCCCCGGUCCGGCCCAACGAGCCGGGAUACGCUGCUGACGCCGACGACGCCAUUGGCGCCGCGGCGGCGGGCGGCGGCGCGCAAGAGGACAAGCCCGCGUCCUUCGCCAAGACGCUGACGCAGUCUGACGCCAACAACGGCGGCGGUUUCUCCGUGCCACGCUACUGCGCCGAGACCAUCUUCCCGCGGCUGGACUACUCCGCCGACCCGCCCGUCCAGACCGUGCUCGCCAAGGACGUGCACGGCGUCGUCUGGAAGUUCCGCCACAUCUACCGCGGCACGCCUCGGCGCCACCUGCUCACCACCGGGUGGAGCACCUUCGUGAACCAGAAGAAGCUCGUGGCCGGGGACUCGAUUGUCUUCAUGCGGACGGAGAACGGGGACCUCUGCGUCGGCAUCCGGCGCGCCAAGAAGGGUGGCAUCGGAGGGCCCGAGUUCCUGCACCACCACCAGCCGCCCCCGCCGCCGGGCGGCGGCGGCUACGCCGGGUUCUCCAUGUUCCUGAGAGGAGGAGAAGAGGACGGCAGCAAGAUGAUGGCCACGGGCGCGGCCACGAGGGGGAAUAAGGUCAGGGUGCGGGUGCGGCCGGAGGAGGUCGUCGAGGCCGCGAACCUCGCCGUGAGCGGGCAGCCGUUCGAGGUGGUCUACUACCCGAGGGCGAGCACGCCGGAGUUCUGCGUCAAGGCUGGCGCGGUCCGCGCCGCCAUGCGCACCCAGUGGUGCGCCGGGAUGCGGUUCAAGAUGGCCUUCGAGACGGAGGACUCGUCCAGGAUCAGCUGGUUCAUGGGCACUGUCUCCGCCGUGCAGGUCGCUGACCCCAUCAGAUGGCCCAAUUCACCCUGGAGGCUUCUUCAGGUGGCUUGGGAUGAACCGGACUUGUUACAGAACGUGAAGAGAGUGAGCCCAUGGCUGGUCGAGCUUGUCUCAAACAUGCCGGCCAUCCACCACCUCACGCCGUUCUCGCCGCCGCCGAGGAAGAAGCUGUGUGUUCCACUGUACCCGGAGCUUCCGCUGGAGGGCCACCAGUUCCCGGCGCCGAUGUUCCAUGGAAGCCCUCUCGGCCGUGGUGUUGGCCCGAUGUGCUAUUUCCCGGAUGGCACUCCUGCAGGCAUACAGGGAGCCAGGCAUGCUCAAUUUGGCAUAUCUUUAUCAGAUCUCCACCUUGACAAGCUGCAGUCGAGUCUGUCACCGCACGGGCUUCACCACCACCAGCUGGACGGCCACGGCGUGCAGCCGAGGAUCGCCGCUGGCCUCAUCAUCGGCCACCCGGCAGCAGCUCGAGAUGACAUCUCGUGCUUGCUCACCAUUGGCACCACCCCACAGAACAGGAAACCAUCAUCAGACGUCAAGAAGGCGGCGGCGGCGGCACCGCAACUGAUGCUCUUUGGGAAACCGAUUCUCACUGAGCAGCAGAUAUCUCUAGGCAAUGUCGCGGGCUUCCCGGCGCCGAAGAAGAGCCCUUCUGAUGACGUUGCCGAGAGGACGGUGAGCAACUCGGACGUCUCAAGCCCCGGGAGCAACCAUGGUGGCUCGUCCAGGUCCAGUGGAGGAGCCCCGUCGUGCCAGGACAACAAGGUGCCUGAUCUCGGGCUGGAGACCGGCCACUGCAAGGUGUUCAUGCAGUCGGAGGAUGUUGGGCGCACGCUCGACCUCUCUGCUGUUGGCUCGUACGAGGAGCUCUACCAGAGGCUCGCCGACAUGUUUGGCAUCGACAAGACUGAGCUGAUGAGCCAUGUUUUCUACCGCGACGACGCUUCUGGAGCGCUCAAACACACCGGCGACAAGCCUUUCAGUGAGUUCACGAAAACUGCCCGGAGGCUGACCAUACUAACGGACGCCGAGCAGCGAUAACUUAGCGAGGUAGGAGGAGGCCGGAAAGCUCUUGUCACUUGUACAGCGGGAGGAGCGCGGUGGCGAUCUCCAAGGAAGAAUCGCCACUUCCAAAGUGCUGGACUGCUGAUGCAACUUCAAAGAGAGAGGGCAGUUCAGUUUGUUUUUCGUCGAUUGGGAUUUGGGAGGCGCCCCGGAACGGGGCCAAGUGCGUGCGUGUAAUCCAGGACCAAAGAUUUGUCGCCGGAUUUGUUGGACUACUAGCUCUAGACUGCUACACCUUCUUGCUGUUGUCAGUUCCAGUGGCCAUUGCAGUUGGCUUUGGUCACUGAAUGAUCAUGUGUUAUGUUACUACCUCUUCCAUGAACCCCCGUUGCUUUGCAAACGCGAUUACUGAAAAGUUUUGGUAUAAUUAAGGGCUUUUUUUAUUAGUGUUGGUUGGUUGGUUGGUUGUCUGUCUGUCUGUCUGAGAAGACUGAGAUGCUGAAGUAUUCUCUGUUCUUGUUC